GUUGUAUACGUUUGCAAAUCAUUCUGAAUAAAAGCAAUGAAACCAAAUCAACAGACUCAGCAUGGAAAUUUUUGUGUUACUUUAGCUACCUUUCCUGACAACACUGGGACCAGUGAUUCAAGACAGUGCCUGAAAGAAACAUCACCAGGGUCAAUUUCAUUCGAUGUAUCUGUCACAGGAAACCACCUGGACAUACCUCGUACAAACGACCCUAAUUUGUUGAGUCCAGAAACAAUUCAAAAUCAAAGGAGAAACUCAAGAAGACCCAGCAUUCUUCCAGUACCAGACAUGUACACGGGAAGCACCCUCAAUCUGCCCCAGGAUCCGAGUGACGAGGCAGAUGAGAGUGAAGACGAAUUAGAAGAUGACGUACCAUGGAGAUCCCCCAGUGAAAAAAUAGCGUCUAGUCUAACCCUAGACGAUACCGAGGACUCGAGUCAACUAGCAUGGCAUGAUCAGUUUCGUAGGAUAGUGAAGGGCUUCCCUCCCGUGUCACCCUACAUUGGAGUUUCGCCAACACUCUGCUACCUGUUAAAAGAGAAAAAACCUCUCUGCUGUCUCCAGCUUGCUCAAGUAUGCGAGCAUUGUUCCUACAGGAACGCCAGGGAAUACCAGUGGCAGAACAAGACUAUCAUCCUGGCUGCUGAUUAUGCUUCGAAUGGUAUAUACAACUUUAUCAUCCCAUUAAGAGCUCAUUUUCGAUCGAAAACGUCGCUAAAUCCUAUCAUUCUUCUAUUGGAGAGACGACCAGACAUUGCAUUUUUGGACGCAGUGUCAUACUUCCCCUUAGUAUACUGGAUGCUAGGAUCUAUAGACUGUUUGGACGAUUUAUUAAGAGCAGGAAUCACGUUAGCAGAGAACGUGGUCGUUGUAAAUAAGGAACUGUCAAACUCUGCAGAAGAAGACUCGCUGGCCGACUGUAAUACUAUUGUAGCUGUACAGACUAUGUUCAAGUUUUUCCCUAGUAUAAAAAGUAUCACAGAGCUGUCACAGUCAUCAAAUAUGCGAUUCAUGCAAUUCAGGGCACAUGACAAGUACGCACUGCAUCUCUCUAAAAUGGAAAAGAGAGAAAAGGAGCGAGGUUCUCACAUAUCGUAUAUGUUUCGACUGCCUUUUGCCGCCGGAAGUGUCUUCAGUGCAAGUAUGCUGGAUACGCUGCUGUAUCAAGCGUUCGUCAAAGACUAUGUGAUCACGUUUGUAAGGUUGUUACUCGGAAUAGAUCAAGCUCCUGGUUCGGGGUUUCUUACGUCGAUGAAAAUAACGAAGGACGACAUGUGGAUCCGCACCUACGGGCGACUCUACCAGAAACUAUGUUCAACGACUUGCGAGAUUCCCAUAGGAAUCUAUCGCACGCAGGACACGUCUGUUUCGGACUCUUCUCAUGUGAGUAUGAGCGCAGCUUCGUCUCCAUGGUCGUCGUGCGUACGCGUGCCAUCGUAUUCUAUCAACAUGGGCGAUGAAGCCAAGGACAACCACGAUCAACAGAUCGAAAGGGCCGAAAUUGCUAAUCUCGUACGAUCCAGGAUGGAGAGCCUGAAUCUGCCUACCAUAGACUACAAUGACGUUAGCGAGAAGAGGAACAGCCUUUCUUACGUCAUUAUCAACCCCAGCUGUGACCUGAAGUUAGAAGAAGGAGAUAUCAUCUACAUCGUACGACCGAGUCCAUUCUCCGCCCAGAAGACAUUUGAGCGUCACAACAGCAGAAGGAAGUCCAACAUCAGCUUCUGUUCCCAAACCCUGCUGCAACAGAUGUCUACCAGUCAGGCAGGCAGUCGUAGAGGGUCUGGUCUUGGGUUGAGUGGCUAUCAAUCUCCCAGACCUCCGCCUCUGUCUAGCACUAAGGCAAACUCGCUGUCUUUGCCUGACAGUCCCACAGUUGCUGGAUAUCAAAGAGGAAGGUCAAAUAGUUUACGGGUUAUUGAUGACAUACUACUGCGAAGGUCCAAUUCAUUGAGACAAGGCUUACCUAACCUAGGCAAUGCGAGGAGGAAAAGCAGUCUGGAAGACAUUGGGCUGUCACACUUCUCGACAAAUUAUUCCAAUCCUAUCAAGAUAGCACUUAAUGGAAGUAUUGGUCUUGAGGUGACGCCCCCAGAAGAGAACAGCCCUCCUCCGAUUUCUAGCAACACCGCCUUGCUCUGUGGUACGCCAAUGGCAGGCAGUACUUUGAGCUUGGCCGGCAUAGGUCCUGCCCAUCCUUUAGAUCCAUUUACUGGCCCCGCCCAUCAGUUGGGCGUGCCCGAGUCAGCACCGGUCACGGCUCAGCAGACAGCCUUGCCUUCUCCGCAGGCGGAUCCACAGCAUCUUCAAGGCACCAUCGUAUGAUAUAACCUAAUGUGGGGGAGGAGAACGUCCGGUAGUCUCAGAAACAAGUGGCUUUAAGAACCACGUCGGAACGAAUCUCCUCGCUUCCACAGUAGUGUUCUGCGCUCUGUAGGCUAUACUGAUCUCCUUCGUCAAAACAUUUUUUAAAUGUAGCCUGGAAUGGUUUCAAAUUCCCAAGAUGGAUGGGCUUUACAGGACUUAUGUUGUUCUCAAAUAUCCGUCAACAUCCACAGACGAUAUGACAUUAUAAAGGAUCUUGGAUAUUAUAAAGCACCUGGCAAAUUUCUAGGAUUGAUUCUUUGGGUAAUUAUAAAACAAAAGCCUAAUAUGAACAUACGCCCGCCAAUGAUUCGUUCUUAAGAUGCAGCGAGUAAAUUAUUUUGAAGAAAGUAUUUUUACUCAAAAACCUUAGUAAACUCCAAGUUGAUUUGGUUGAAAUUCGGCGAAUGUGGUAUAACGCACCAAAAAAAUCAAUAUUAUUCCGUGUUAAUGAUAGUUCCAUAAGCGGGGCUCUAAAAGCCCCCGAAAACAAAAUUCCAACAGUUUCACUGGUGAUGGUUAUUUGUGAUUGUAUUCAAGUCAUUUCUUUUGUUUAAUUUUGUUUCAAUUGCUGAUGUCAAAUGUGCAUUCCAAAUUAAUUUUUUCUAUUAAGUCGGAUAAAAACACAAUUUUAUGUAUCUUCAGAGCAACGCAUUACCGGACCUAUAAUUACAUUUACCUUAGAUCUUAGAAAUACUCGAGAAAUGUCCUUUAAGUCUGACCAGGUACUUUACUAACAUUGUAGUUGUCUUGUUUGAUUACGCUGGUUACAUAAUAUUGCAAGGGAAUUUAAAAAAACAAAAAAGUUAUACUUAUCGUACGCCACUGCUACGACGGUAUAUAUUUGUGCGCGGGCCUCAGCGUACUCAAUAACACUCCGCGUUAACAGUCGCGUAGGAUGCAUUAUUUAGAUAAAGCGAUUAAAUUUUUGAUUAUGGUGAGCGGUAUAGCGGUAGCUUAGCCAGUACUAUAAAAAAUGCGCAGACGUAGAGGUUUUGCAGUCUGGUGAUAGUAGAACUGUAGGUGAGAAAUGAAAACCAAAAAUAAGUUAACUAUAUGAGCUUCUUAUCGUAAGGUGGAGUCACAAGGCAAAUAUAGUGUGAAUUUUUCUAAAAUAUCCACCAUCAAUAGAUCAUGAAACCAUGUUCUGAUAUUAUAUAAAAUGCCACAACCGUGAAAGUUGGACCAAAAAUGGGUACCGGCUUUAAUUUGCAAAUAUUUCCGAAGUUCAAUCAACUCAAUGUGAUUUCCGAGUAGGUAAAAGGUAGUAACAAAAAUUUACACUAUUUAGGUACUGCCUAAAUAUGUCACAGCUAAUCUUGCUGCAGUUCUACUCAACCCGAUUAAAAUUUUGGCCUUAUACAUUUUUCUAUCAGAAUUCUAGACUGAUAAACGAAAUUGAUUUCUAUACUUAAAUUAGGCAAUUCAUCUUUAUGGCGCCAAAUUUUUAUGUAAUGAAUAGAUAAACAUUUUCUGUAAACAGUACUGCUUCAACACUUUUCAUGUAAAAAAUAAAUGAAAAUUUCUCAUCAUUACUGCACAUUUGAGAAAAGUGCUGAGAUAGCAUAAUAUUGUAAGCCUGAAUUGAAUUUGAAUUUUAAUUAAUACGCCACUGGACGUAGAUGGUACUGUAAUCGCGAAAAAUUCUAAAAUCAAAUAUUUAGAUGUAUUUUGAAUGAGAUAUUAGUACAUCACGAAAACCCAUGUCACUCACUUUAUGUGAACCUCGAAUGUCACAAGUUCAGCACCCUCUCAAAACUAUUCCUUUAUUUCCUGUUUCAUUGAUUUGACGAUUUUUUACGUUGCGGUUGGAACUGUACUGCUUACAAUUUAAAUAAAAUAGUAUAAAUUAUCCUAGUAACUAGUCUGUAAAUAGGAAAUAUUGACGAUAUUGAAAUUUAUUGGUU